AUCAUUGGUUCUACAACAUAUCCAAGAUGUUGCUGCUUUCCGUUAUAUUAGCCAACGCGGUAACCACCCUAUACGCUAUGCCUGCUAAGGAAAGCAAUAACACCGGUGAUGACUUAUCUUCCCGCAUUUGGUAUGGAGAGUAUGCCGAUAUAUCGGAGUAUCCAUAUUUUGCAUAUCUCAAUGGAACUUGCGGUGCCGGCAUCAUCUCCGACAGGUGGCUGAUCACGGCGGCUCACUGUAUCAAGGGCGUCAAAAAAGACCGAGUGAACCGAGCGUGGGUGGGAGGAAACACUACUCAAACCAGCCAAGUUUAUGCAAUCGACUAUGCGGUUAUCCAUCCAGGGUAUAUAAGUAACGACUACAUUACUAUCAAUGACAUCGCCCUCCUGCAUCUGGCCCAACCGUUGACUUUCAGUAAUACUGUACAACCUCUAGAUCUACCAGAAAUGGAAUAUGUGUUAAAUGCUGUCCAUAAAUUUGCUGGACAUGGAAAAGAUGAGCACAACGAUGUGACUGAAUACCUGAUGAGUAUGGAGGUUCGCACUUUAGGUGUAAAAGAAUGCAUGUCUAACCUUCCUGAGACUCAAAUCAGGGGCUACACAUAUCGAUUGGAUCACGUUAACAAAGUUGUUAUUUGUGUUAAACGGAUUGACAAUAAGCCGGGAGCAUGCCAUGGUGAUUCUGGCAGUCCACUCGUCCGGGGCAACACUCUUGUCGGUAUCGCGUCAUAUAUUCCGGGUCCUACUUGCCAAGAGUCCAGAGUAGGCAUGUUCGCAAACGUUGCUCCCUUUGUGGGAUGGAUCAAGGACAUCACCGGCAUUGGAUACUCAAGAGACUCCGAAUACGGAGACGAUUUCCCAUUUAAAUGGGGUUUUUGGUCCUGGAUAAGUCAAUAAUAUCUAACAGUCUAAUUAUAACAGUGUAAUACAUGGACACAUUUAGAGGAACGCAAAAUAAAGGUUUAACUACUGGCCAGCACCUAAAGUAAUUUCAAAAUUAGUAAUAGUAGUACCUAAUAAAGCAACACAAAUAACACACACACAAAAAUUGUAUUGCAAUGAAAGCUCAUACUGACUUCUAACCAAUUGAUAAUACUAUUACUUAUUCUGUGCCAAUGGGCAAAAACACCUAAACAACUCGAUUGUACAUAUAUGUCUAUCUAUUAAAAAAUUGUUU